AUGCCCUGCCCCGUUCCUACGACAUGGAACGCUAUUCAACACAACAUUGAUUUACCACCGUGGGCGCGUGUCUGCACCUUGCCUCCCAUCAUCACGAAUAAUGCAGUAAAGGAUGGAGAUGGAAGCUCCUCGCACAACCCGCGCACAGUGUGCACCGCUGAGCCUCGCAGGGCGGUAGGGCACCCUCAAACGACAACAGUGCUCACCACGCUUUCGCUUUCAACGUCCCAUGCGAGACCCGCCUACAAGCUCGCCUCCACUGCACUUUACUCGCCUUCUCGCCUCCCCACUGCCUCUACUUUACCCACCUCACCUCACCAAAACUAUCCCUCACACUCCGAACGAAGCAACCCUGUCCACUUGUACACCCGUCUUCAACCGCGGCCACGCCUGUCGCCCACCCGCCCGUCGCUGUCAAAUCCGCCGUCGUUCACGCCCUCCGCACACGCGCCCAUCCUAUCUGCGUCGCGAGGCAACCAAUACUCUUGCGGUCACAAGGUCCCUCCGUGCCCGGCGCGAUCAUGCCGGUGA